AUGGCACGCGCAUCAAAGGGUGUGUCAAAAGCAAAAAGGAUGCCAGAUAACUCCAGCCUUGUGCUCGUCGAGGAUUAUGUCCAGAACGAAGGUCAAGCAGUGGGGCUUGUGAAGGACAGCCAAACCCAAAGUGCCCCAAACAUCCGGGGCAAGCACGACACGACUCCAGCACCAGGUCAAUACGUUUGGAAGGAUGACGUGCAUCUGCGCAAGAAGCCGGUUUGGAGCAUGAUGUCUCCUGACAGGAAAAAUUUAGAUUUGAUGCUGGGAACAUGGACGCCAGCGUCUCGCUCUCUUCAGCCGCGCGCUCCGGACCCGGGAGAGUACGGUGCCGUGGACACAUGUGGACGGAAUGGAGUGUUCACGAGUCCGAAGUGGUCUCAAGCGAGGUCUAGCGCGCGGCCGUGCCUGGCACAGGAUCCACCGGAGGUGAUUGAGAUCGAGCUCGGGCCUUGCGAGUUCUUUUUCCCUUCGGUGAGCGGCGACAUACAAAGUGCUUUGAGGAGCAAGCUGCCGUCUUCGUUUGGUGGUGAGAAUCCCAUGCAUGCCUUGCUGGCACGUGAUUUUGUUUUUUGUUGGCGGGACUUGUGCUCGGUCAAAUGUCCCGUGGUGCGUCGUGCCGUGCCUUGGACAGGAACGACAUCGGGACAUGGACUCCAAAGCCCAACACGGAUUUACGCCCUGGACCGGGCGCAGCGCGGCGCGAUGGGCUGCUCAAAUAGUGCGCCCAUCGAGCCAGAGCCGCCGGAAGAAGCCGUGUCGGAAACCAAAUCCAGGAAUGCAGACAAGAAGGCGGCGCAGCUGGAGAACAAGGAAUACCAUGCACGAAUGAAGUUCCUGUCCGAAGUUCCGCUGAUGAAGCGUUUGCCCAAAGACGAGCACCCGAUUGUGGCUGAAGCUUGCGAGGUGUGCACCUUCGAGCCCGGCCACCGAAUCAUUCAGCAGGGUGACAUCGGCGAUGCGUUCUACGUGGUUCGCACAGGGGAAGCUAGCGUUCACGUAGAGAACGAAGAUGGCAAGAAACAGGUCGCGAUCCUCAAGGGUGGAGACUAUUUCGGAGAGAAUGCGUUGCUUAGAGACGAGCCGCGACUGGCUACGAUCGUUGCUGAGAGCAAGCUCGUAGCGUUGAGAAUCACCCGAGAGAAGUUCGAGGAGCUGGGCCUGAACAACAAGCUCAUGUUUGCGAACCGAAAGGCUGUCGGUGGCGGGCUGCUGACUCAAACGAAGUCCAAGCCCCCAACCGAGAAGACGGGGGAGGACGUUGACCUCAUUACACGUGCCCUGCACGAGAACGAAAACCUCGCCACCAUGACCGCGUUGGACGAUGCAAGGCUGAAGUCUUUCAUCGACGUGAUGUGGAAAGAGGAGGUGAAGGCAGGCGAGCAGAUCAUUACGGAGGGCGACCUGAAAGCUGACUUCUUUUACAUUGUGGCCUCGGGUGAGUUCGACGUCAAGAUUGCGGAGACCGACGCCGAAGGCAAUCCGAAGGCUGUCAUGGAGAGCAACGCUUCCAAGAGCGUGACUCACGUCACGCCAGGUGGCAGCUUCGGCGAAUUAGCUUUGAUGUACUUCGUCCCUCGGGCGGCGACGGUGGUGGCUACUACCGACUCUGAGGUUUGGGUGAUCGAUCGGGCGAACUUCAAGAACAUCCUGAUGAAGGCAUCGGACUCCAGGAUAAAGGAGUACGUGAAAUACCUGGACCAGGUGUCCGUGCUGGACUCCCUAUUAGCAGAGGAGAAGAAGCAAGUGGCAAAUGCGCUUGUAGAGAUGCAUUUCGAAAAAAGGGAUGUAAUCAUUCAGCAGGGCGAACCUGGCAACAUGUUCUACAUCAUGUAUGAGGGUGAAGUCGAGAUAAUCAAGGAUGGAGAAGCAGUGGCCACACUGGAGGCAAAGAUUAAGAGUGGAACCGUGCAGUUCUUUGGCGAGAAAGCUCUUCUCGAGAACGAGAACCGCACGGCCACUGUGGUCGUGAAGUCCUCCUCUGCCAAGUGCCUGGUUUUAGAUCGCGAGUCCUUCGACCUCCUGCUUGGCCCUCUGAAGGACAUCAUCGACGCUGUUCGGGAGGGUCGCGAGCGCCCGCAGCACACAACUGCGAAUCCAGCAGCAGCCAGCGGGUCCUUGGCCCAGAAUCGACAGCGGAUUCGACGCAGCGAGCUGAAGCGCAUCGGCCUCCUCGGCUGCGGCGGCUUCGGAGCUGUGGAGCUGUGGGAGCACACCAAGACAGGCGACACCUACGCACUCAAGGCCAUUAGCAAAGGCUACAUUGUCAAGACCGGCAUGCAAGAGAGCAUCAUGAAUGAGAAGAACAUCCUGGCAAUGACCAACUCCUCCUUCAUCACGAAGCUGUAUGAAACGUUUAAUGGGACACAAACGCUUUACUUCCUCCUGGAACCAUGUUUGGGUGGCGAGCUUUAUGCCACUUACAUUCGGAAGGGCCUGUAUGGCUCAGACAGGCACUGCAAGUUUUAUGCCGGGUCCGUGGUCUUUGCCUUCGAACACAUGCAUCAAAGACGGAUUAUCUACAGGGACUUAAAGCCUGAGAACCUCCUGCUGGCAGACGAUGGCUUUUUGAAGUUGACGGACAUGGGUUUGGCAAAGUUUGUGGUUGGAAAGACGUAUACAACUUGCGGCACUCCUGACUAUUUCGCUCCCGAGCUCAUUGCAUCAACGGGACACACCAACGCUGUGGAUUGGUGGACCCUGGGCAUUCUGAUUUUUGAGCUGAUGUCAGGCCAUCCGCCGUUCGAAUCCGCGUAUCCGAUGCAGAUCUAUGCCAAAGUUACCAAAGGUAUUGGCAAGGUUGCUUUUCCGGGCGUGAUGAAGGGACAUUGUAAAAACCUUGUGGAAAACUUGCUGAAGCACGACCCGUCCGAUCGAUUGGCCAUGCGGAAAGGAGGAGUUGCCAACAUCAAGUCACACCCCUGGUUCGAAGACAUGAAUUGGGACCAGCUAGAGAAAAUGGAAUGUCCCGCGCCCUACAAGCCGGCUGUGCGGAGCAGAAAAGACCUGUCGAACUUCGUGGCAAAGAAGGAAGAUGCCCCCAAAACCUUAGAGUACAUCGAUCCGGGAACUGGAUGGGACAAGGACUUUGCGACUUCGUACUGA